UGGUAUAGUGUGGGCGCAACUCGACUGAUUCAGAAUGGGAGACCAGACCAGAGAGCAGCGCACGAGUCUUCUGAUUCUCAGCGCUCGGUAUCUCGCAGUCAGUAUGAAUCUAUGAAUCGAGACGGUUGAGUGGUACGCACGAUGAUGAGGCUUGUCAUAUUCUUCUUGUUUCUAUUCUACGGUACGAUUAACGGUAACAAUGAUACUUUGAACAACGUAAUCCCGGACGACGACAAGUCUGCGGUGGAUGUUGAAGAUCUGAACGAGCUGAACAGACUCCCCACGAAUAAGACUCUGAACGAGCUUUACGAAGAUGCUGUUCGCGCUUAUCUCGAUGAAGACUGGGACCGCUGUAUCGAAAAUUUCAACGUCGUUACUCACGGGUACAAAGCUUAUAAACGGGCGAUCGUGAACUGUAGACAGAAAUGCCGUGAGAAGGCAAUCGGCGAGGCUCCAAUAUUCCCGGAGAAUAUUGACGAUCUACAUUUUUACGAAAAGAAAGUGAGAGAGACUCUGUGUCUCUUAACUUGCAAUCAGGAGUACCGAGAGAUCGCCGGUUCAAGAGCGCUCAAGGCAUUGCCGCGUGAAACAGAGCAAAAAUUGAUGCAACACAAGACUUACGAGUAUCUACACAUUUGUUAUUAUCAGAGAAAACGAUACCAAGACGCGGCGAACGCUCUGUUUACAUUUUUGGUUGCGCAUCCGGAUCACGCGGUGAGCAUGGAAACCUUGAAAGGGUAUUUGACACUGCCGGGCGUGCAAAAGGAGAAUGUGAUCAACUUAGAAUCACCAGCUUAUGUCAGCAUCUACUUUAAAGGUGUCUCGGCUUACGAAAAAGAGAACUAUGCGGAAGCCGCUGGUCUUUUCGAGACGUCGUUGAGAUCUUACUUAGACGCUGAGCAAGAAUGCAGGUUUUACUGCGAAGGUCCCUUCGAUCAGGGCUGGUAUCCAGAAUUCACGUCGUCCGUCGCUAAUCAUUUCGCAUUUUGUUUGAAAUGCAAACGAGCCUGUCCGCGGAUGUUGAACAGCAUAAAUGGCGAUUAUCGUCCGGAUAUACUCAGGAGUCACUACAAUUAUUUGCAGUUUUCCUAUUACAAAUUGGGAAAUUUGAAGGCAGCCUGUUCGGCGGUGGAAAGUUACUUGCUUUUCGAACCGAUGGAUGAAACGAUGUUGCACAACAAGGAAUAUUAUACUGCUCAGCCGAAAACAAAGCAACAAGAUUUCAUUCCCAGAAACGAGGCUCUUCUUUAUGUAAAAAGGCAAGAAUAUGAAGUGAAUCUUAUGGUUUUCAUCUCUCAUGAAUUUUCGUUGAUUAAUGCAAAAUUUAAGAAUAAGAAAGAAGAAAAUUUGGAGAAGGAAUUGAGCAUGGAGGAAGACCUACAUCAACCACCAGGUCGCUCGUUAUUUUCUUCCAUAAAAUUGUCGAUCAAUAUUUAUACAAUACCAGACGAGAGCUAUGAAACAGAAGAUAGAAAAGAGUCUAAAGUCAAGGACGAUAUUUAUCUAAUAUCUAGGGACGAAGAGCUCGGAGGAAAAAAUCGCUACGUAGCUGACGGUUUCCUCAGCACCGCUGACUGCCACUCAUUGAUGCAGCUCGUCAAUAUUGCCGGCGUAGAAGGAGACGGUUAUAACGGAAAUAAAAGUCCGCAUUCGAAGUACGAGAAGUUCGAGGGGAUUACUGUUGGACGAAUAGCUUUGUUGGUGUAUUUCGGAAAAAUACAGCCGGCACAGUUGCAACUGCUUUUGGAAAAGACCGAGCAAAUUCGCAGUCACAUGGAAAACCAUUUCCAAGUAGAUCGACACCUGUAUUUCACUUAUACUCAUUUGGUCUGCCGCACGGCUCUACCCGAUUCACCGCCAAAUCGUGACGACUUGAGCCAUCAAGUUCACGCGGACAAUUGUCUAUUAAAGGAUGAAAAUAUAUGUCUUCGUCGAAAUCCGGCUUACAUUUGGAGGAGCCAUUCUGCCAUUUUGUACCUGAACGGUGAUUUCAACGGCGGCGAGUUCUUCUUCGCAAAGAAUCGCACUGCAAGAGAACUCGACAAUUUAGUCUCGCCUCGUUGCGGACGAACAGUAGCCUUCUCGGCUGGCGAAGAGAACUUGCAUGGCGUCCGAGGAGUUUUACGAGGCAGAAGAUGCGCGUUGGCGCUUUGGUUCACUCAAAACGAGAAGUACUCGGAAUAUGAGAGAGAUCUGGCUCGGGCGAUCUUAAAAAGAGUCCAAAAAAUAGGUCCUCUAAGAGAAAAUAAUAUCCAGAUUCCUUCGAAAUACGAGGAUUUGCUUAUUGAGCAUGCCAAGAGAGACGAGUCGCUGAAACAUUUUUUCGAAACAUAAAUGGUUGUAUGAACUAAGUAUAUAUAGCUACACUAUUUUGGAUACGAAUUCAAGAACGACAAGCCUUUAUAUGCAAGACUAAUGUUAUAGUCGGGCAGUCUACGUCUGAACUUCAUGAAAACAGGGGACCUGAGUAGAUGCGCUAUUAAAUAAUAUGCAAUAAUUAGUAACAUUAGAACUACCGAUGUAUUAUGUAUAGUAUAUAUAUUUGUACCAAAGAAGUUCAAAUGAAACUUAUAACUACAUCUGUGAUGUAAAGAGAACAAAUACAAAUGUUUAUUUACAUUA